GGCACCAUUCACGGGCGUUUUUGUGCCCUUUUUCAAUCAUUAUGACAGUCGAUCCCAGUAUCUCAUCACUGUUGCAGGGCAAAGCAAGUUUAUCAUAAACCUACAAAAUGUCUAAAAUUAUGCAUUGCACCUUUGAAGUAUUUGGCAUUGUGCAAGGGGUUUCCUUCCGCAUGUUUACAGAAAAACAGGCCAACAAAUUGGGAGUUCGCGGUUGGUGCAUGAAUACCAGAGAUGACACUGUGAAGGGCGAAAUAGAGGCUACACCCGAAGCAUUUGCAGAAAUGAAAACGUGGUUAGAGAAAACUGGAAGUCCUACAAGUCGCAUUGAUAAAGCAGUAUUUGGAGAAACGAAAGAGAAUUCGAAUUUUACUUUUGAAAAAUUUUCGGUUAGAUAUUAAACCAACAGAGAUUAUUAAUAUUAGUUGAAAAUUAGUAGGUCACAUAUAUCAAAGUAAAGGCCGGUACUACGUUCGCUUUUCGCGAUAUUAUCGCCGAUCACUUUCCGAUUGUACGGAUUACUUUUUUUUCGUAGAUUAAAAAAAUGUGUACUAUUUCAAAAAAGUUGUAGCGUAAAACAUGGCCUUUCAUCGGUCAAAAACGAUAGUAGUGCCAGCCUCUUUUUGUUAUUAACCUUAUAGAUUACUGGUACUGAUAAAAGUUUAAUAAAAAAGAACUUUUAAAUUUUA